AUGACAUUCCUCAAGACACUUCUCCUGGCAACAGCUCUAUCGAUCGUGUCGACGGCCGCGGAAACCGAAUGCCCAGCAGGUUGGCUCCCAAACACCUUCCACGGCACAAAAUGCUGCUCUGGCAACAUGGUCAUCGACGAAGAAGGCGCGUACUGCUGCGUCUACGACAUGAGACCUUACAAAGAAGCCCUUACCGACACAGCAAAGCUCUAUGCUACCGCAACGACGACGAGUGAGACUGAUUGGUCCACACUCGAGAAUUCUUGCAUCGCUGAGGUCCGCUUCACCGCCACCGACUACUCAGCCCAGGUCUCGUCCGCGGCGAGCAAAGCUGAGGCUACGCCCACGGCUAUUGUAGCAAGUGAGGUCACCACCACGAGCCAGGUCACCCGUACUACGGCUUCUUCAACUAGCUCUGGUGCGGGCUCGCAGUCUUCGACCCCAACCCCGACCUCUAACCCGGCUAUGCCUAUUGCUACUGGACAGGGCAUGCUUGGUGGCGCAGCACUUGCAGCUGCUCUACUCAUGCUGUGA